AUGAGCGGCAACCAAGCCAUGAAUUUAGUACAUAUAAUACAUUUAUGGGAAAUUUUCUAUUUUUGUACGUCUAAGCCAUGGAGCCUUUUUAUUGCUGCAUUUCUUGCCUAUUGCUAUUGGGCGUCUUCCUACUUCUCUUUCGCUUCGCCACAUCUAUGUGGUAAUAAGUCGCGGCGUUUCCUGCGCGUCGGCUUCUGCUUCUCCUCCUCCUCUGCGGAAUUCUAUAGCCUUCCCGGUGGUGUAUCGGGAGGCGCUGCCUUCGUUCGUGUCUCCGACGGAUCAGCGAUCAGCCCUGAGCUCCGCCACAUAUGGACGAGCAGGAAUUGGCGCAAAGCGGUGGAAUUCUACUCUUCCGUUUUUCGGGAUCUUAUUGUUGAGGGUUUCCUCUCCUCAACGUCCAAAUCUCUCUGCGUGGAGUCCAUGUCGGGUCUCGAGGUGCUUGCUUUGAAGGAGAUUGGUGUCGCUGAUGCUGUUGGGAUUUCCAAAAAGAAUUCUCCGCCGCUGGUCGUCGCAGGCGACAUACUCCACCAGCCAUUCGGAGAGACAAUUCGUUUGAUUUCGUCUUUGUUGGCCGUAUAAUUGAUCAGA